AUGCAAGAUGACAUCCAGAAUAGCUGUCGUGCAUGUGGUGAGGCCGACAAUAGCCGGAUGGUUGCUUGCGAUAAGUGCGAAGCUUGGUGGCACUUCGACUGCGUAGGAGUUGGAGAAAGCAUCUGCGAGAAGGAUUUUAUCUGUCAGGAGUGUGUCCCUGGAGAGAAAGAACCCGAUGCCACAAAAAACGCACCUAAACCACCUAACGUCGCCGGCUCGGACGUCGGAUCGUCUGCCAGCAGCACCCGAAACAGAACGAAGCUUCGCCUGAUGAAACUACAGGAACAGAAGACAAUAAUGAAACGACAGUUGGAACUGGAACAAGCUGAGCAGCGGAGACGCCACGAAGCGGAAAGACUCCUGAAGGAAAACGAAGUGGAGAGGAAACAACUCGAAAUCGAUGAGCAGUUUUUGCUGGAAAAGUACCGCGCGUUAGAAGAGGAGUGCGACGACGAAUGUAACGACCAAAAAAGCCGGAAAUCAGUUCAGAGCAGCAUCAGUAAAGUCAACCGAUGGCAGGCACAACAUCUAGGGGGUAUAGUUAACUCUACCUUAACCACCCAAGAAACAGUUCCAGUUUCGGAGUCGACUACGACAGCUGUCGUCCAGGUUCCAACGCAUUCCAAAGCACACCAGCCAGUGGCAAACGCUACAACCGUUACGAGUGUGUUCAAACCAACAAUCCUCGAAACCGCCCCAAUCGCGACAACAUCGGCAUCCAACAGUAGGAGCGCUGGUGUAGUAGCAGUGCAAUCGAGCCACUCGAGAGUUCCAGUUUCCACAUCGAGUUCAUCCAUACCGGUAUUUCCGAAGAAUACGAUGCCGCGACCAACUCCUGCUAUGAAUGGUGCACCCAAUCAAAUCAGUCAUCCUGGAAUAGUACCACCCAUCAUUUGGGAGGAUUACUGA